UCGGUUUUGACUCGACAAAAAAAGUCGUCUGCUGCCGCUGCUUGAGUGGUACCGACGAGGAGUAGAGCUGCGCCGGAUAAGCUGUUCUCUUACAGCUUGGAAUUUUCAAUAAAAAGUGGAAAUGAAGGCUCAAAUAUUUCUGUGAUGUGUGAAUUUAUAUUUUUGUGAGAAAAAAAAACAAUUAAUGAAAAAAGGGGAAGAUGUGUGACAUUUAUGUAACGAAAAUUUUUGUAUUUCUCACUUUUGGAACGUGUUUCUUCAUUUUUACUGUUUCUGCUGCCAGGAAAAGCAAUAACUGGUGUUCAUACCAAGUGACGAAAACAGUGUCCUGCACAGAAGUAAAUGGUACAGAAACUUACAUGGGGAGAGAUUUUCAACCAUGUUAUUGGCCGUACAGUGGAAACUGCGGCGGAAACCUCAGGGUCCUGAAGAGACCGAAGUACGUGACAGCGUAUAAAGUAAAGACUGAAACCGCUUGGAAAUGCUGUCCUGGAUAUAAAGGUCCCACGUGCGAAAAAGAUUAUGGCAAUACCACCAAUGGAUAUAACGAUUUCAAGAGCACCAAUCAAAACAAACCGCAGGUGAAAUGGCACACGAGACCUAAUAAUGAGCGAAACAAUCCCAAGACCUAUCCCGUUCUCCCGCCAUCGUCGCCAGGAGACGAUUCUCGAGUGUCUCGUCCUGCUGACUGUCUCUGUCCUCCAGGCCCACAAGGUCCUCCAGGAAAAGAUGGUUCCAAAGGGGAUCGGGGCCUCCGUGGGGAUCCCGGGCCACCUGGUCAACCGUCUGUUACCAGUGACUCGGGGCUUAGAGGUCCUACUGGUGAACCUGGUUUACCAGGUCUGGAAGGAAGACCAGGUCCUCCAGGCAGAGUCGGCGUUCCGGGAUACCCAGGAACCCCGGGACCCAAAGGAGAGCAGGGCAGGGAUGGCGAACCGGGACUUCCCGGACUUCCGGGACCACCGGGUCCUGCUGGGCCACCGGGAAGACCAGGUCUUGGAACAAGAGGAGGAGAUGCUUUCUUUCCAAGAAAGGGAGAUAUAUCACCUAUUGAAGACUAUCCAGAAAGCGUGCCUUUACUGCAGGUUAUGUCGGAGCAAGUGCAAAAGAACACGCACGUUCUGAAAAAUUUGGAAGAUCGCGUGGCCAUUCUGGAGGAACUUCUGCCAAAAAUACUUGAGCAGCGACAGUCCCCGUCAGUAGUGGGCGUGGUGCCACCAGACGACCAGGAUCAAUCAGGUGACAACGCCUACAGAGGUUUCUUCGGAUAAAUUUCGUACUUCACUAGUCCAAAUUAUCCAUCCGGUUGCCGAGGCUAAGAUUUUCGCUUUGCAUUCGUAUGGUACAGUACGGAUACUACGAACUGUAUUAAAGACCUUCUUCGUGAGAAAUGGAGAUUCUACAGAACGAGGCUGAACCAUUGCAGCUUUUUGUUUCCACAAAAGAUUCGUGCUCCGAAACAUAAAACUAAUGCUGAUAAGUAUGAUAUCCAUAUCGCCUAACAAACGAAAAAAUACUUAUCUGACAAUAAAAUGGAAAAUAUUAACUCUGCGCUAUUUUAAGGUUCUAAACAUCCUAUAAUCUUUCGUUUCUUACUAUAUUACAAGAAAAUUGUAGCGCAUUUUCAUAUUUAUGUACAGCAUUAUUGUAUAACAUUUCACUCAGUUUCAUCAACGCCCCCGUAAUACUAAAUGUCUAUCGAAUUUGCCUCAAAAAAAAAUUUCUAUCAACGCCCGCGUUACGUUCCGGUACGGAGGACAGCGCUACCUAGCUGCAAUACAAAUAAGGCAUUGCUAUGGCGACGGAUCCAAAUAAUUCAAAUCAAAUCGGAAUUUUUUUUUUUCGAAGUUUUAAAUUUAAAAAUUAACCAAUUGUUUUCUUCGCUAUUAAUUUCAGAAACCUUCGAUAGACGGCAGUGGCCUCCGUAUCAACAUUGAUUGGUCCUAGUUCCAUCGUUUACAGUUCAUUUUUGCUCUGUAUUAGAAGCGAGAAAGCAAUAGGCAUUUAGUAUUACGAAAGCGUUGGUUUUCUUCAUUCAAAAGGAAGCUAUUAGCAAGUGCUUUUUCAAGCUCUACUAAUUAGAUUGUUAUUUAUUAAAACUAAAAUAUUUUAUUCAUAGAUUGGGUACUGUAAUAUUCUUUCAUACUGUAAAGAAGAAAAAAUUAAUUUUUUAACUGUUUUUUAUACAUGAUUUCCAAUGAAUCAAUAAAACAUAUUUUUACAUGAA